AUGGCAUAUGAAGCUGAUGCACUGAUUCCGCUUCAAAAUUUGAACGAGUCGGCUUCUCGAUCAUCUGAUGAUGAUAACUUCUCGGAUUCAUCUGCUACUUCUGAAUUCUUCGACGAUAUAGACAGGUACAGAAGCCAUUCUGACCAGAAGCAAGACUUUCUGUCUGAUGCUAAUUUCAUAGAGAAACUACUGAGCUUUCAAGGAUCGAAAACCUUGUCUAAAAAAGUGUGUGGUGCAAUACUGGCAAGUAUAUUCUUGAUAUGGACAGUUGCACUUGUUCUCUACUCAACUGGAAAUGUUCAAAGGAAAGCUUCAGCAAUUUGGCACGGCCCAAACACCAAUAUAGUUCUGUUAUCGCAUCGAAAUAUUUCGUUGAAUGAUUUCCUGCUGAAGAAGUAUAAUGUUAGUUUUGAGAACUAUAGAAAGGGUGCCUUUGUUAGUCCUCGAAAAAUGGUACGCUGGCUCGUUCAUUCUCAGUUCCCACAGUCAGAUUCAAGCUAUGGCAACGGUUUCUACUUGACUCAACAUGAUGAAGAGUACGUAGUACAUCAAUUCGGUACAAAGUACAGUUACAAAAUCUUGGAAUCUCGCCAAUUUGAGUAUGAGAAUUCAUUCUUUCAAGUUGAAGAUAUUCAUCUCAAUCCGGGUCUACCUAUUGACGAUGAAUCUACCUUUCACAUUCUAGUUUCCGACGAAACAUAUCAGUGGAGACAUUCAAAAUUCUCUAUUUACUGGCUCUGGCAGCAGUCAACGGGGAAAGUUUUCCCCCUUCAGCCCACUGGCAUCGAAAAAGACUCUAUGGCUAUAGAGAAGCUACACUUCGCCAAAUUUGAUCCUUCUGGAAAAUAUGUGGUCUUUGGUCAUAAUCACGACUUGUUUUUGUACGAACUCUUAUCUGGGGAAACUACGAGGGUAACUGUGAAUGGCAAUUCCAAUGUUUUCAACGGCAAACCAGACUAUGUUUAUGAAGAAGAGGUUAUUGCUGGUGAUAAUAUGGUAUGGUGGUGUCCCGACCUGUCUAAUUUCGUGUUUGCUACUCUUAAUGACACCAAGGUCGAGGAGUAUCAUAUCGAUUACUUUUCCAAGGAUCCGGAAGAAAUUGCUAUGUCCUAUGAUCAGCCACUGGCGCAAAAAUCAAGCGAAGUAAACCAGUAUCCUAUCCGUACCUCAAUCAAGUACCCUAAACCAGGAACCCCAAUUCCAGAGGUAAGCUUAACCAUGUUCAACUUAUCACUGAGAAAACAAACUGUCAUAGACAUUCAAGGGGUUGAUACAGGUGACGAUCCCAUUCUUUAUGAUGUGAAUUGGAUAGAUGCGGAUAAUCUUUUGCUCAAAGUUUCUGAUCGAACGAGCACCAUAUUAUCUAAAAAGCUAUUCAAGCCUUUAGAUUCAAAGGUCAUGAAUAUCUCUUUGACCAAUACUUCGACAUUCGGAGGAUGGAUUGAGAAGGCAUCUCCUAUAGCACUUGUUAGCCGAAAUGACAAAACGGGAUAUCUAGAUAAAGUUGUCUCCGAUAACAAGGUGCAAUUGGCUUUUUUUGACCUGGCAUCAUCUCAAAAUUAUUCAAAAAUUCUUGGGCCAGUGUAUUAUAACUCACCAUUGGCUUACGACGCUAUUGAAGGUGUGGUGUAUGGCUUGUUCGGUACUGACUUUAACCACACUUUCUCCUCCGUAUCUAUUGAGGACGCUUCACUUAAGGUUCUACAAGAGAAUGGAAAAUUCAUGCCGAUAUUUAGUCCGGAUGGGCAAUUCGUGGACCUUGAGUAUGCUGGACCGCUGCUACCUUGGCAAAAACUAAUGAAUAUGGCUGAUUUGCAUGCGGGUGCCGUUUUCGAAAACGUCGGACCAUUCAAUGACCAAUCAAAUCUAAAAAAGGUUUUGGAAUCAACCAACAUUCCAACACGAGUAUACAGUAAGGUGAAGGUCGGAAUGGGUGAUGAAGCAGUCGAGUUGAACAUGAUGGAAAUACUUCCUCCAAACUUUGACCCGAAUAAGAAGCAUCCUUUAUUAGUACACACAUAUGGAGGUCCUGGUGCCGCCAUAGUUGAUUACUCCUUUAGGGUUGAGUUCCAGGAUAUCGUCAGUUCCCAAUUAGAUGCAGUGGUUUUGAUCAUAGAUCCUAGAGGAACUAACCCCGAUAACUGGAAACUCAAGUCAUGUGCUCGAGAAAAAUUGGGCUUCUGGGAACCUAGAGACAUUGUCACUGUGACCAAAGAUUACAUUAAGACCAACAAGUAUGUGGAUGAAAGCAAAACUGCCCUUUGGGGAUGGUCAUAUGGAGGAUACACCACAUUAAAGACGCUUGAAUUCGACAAAGGGGAUGUAUUCAAAUUUGGUGCAGCAGUUGCUCCAGUAACUAAUUGGAUGUUUUACGAUGCCAUUUACACUGAAAGAUAUAUGAAGAAAGUGGAAGAUAACCCAAACUACGUGGCUAUAUCCAGAAUUAACGGGUUCAGUAACUUCAAAAAAGUGAAGCGAUUCAUGAUAAUGCAUGGCUCGGCUGACGAUAACGUUCACCUUCAGAAUACCAUGUGGUUAUUGGACAAAUUUGAUGUUAAUGAAGUGGAAAACUAUGACAUCCAUAUCUUUCCUGAUAAUGAUCACUCUAUUUUUUACCAUAAUUCGAAUAGCAUGGUCUAUGACAAAUUGCUAUGGUGGCUCCAACAAGCAUUUCUGGGUUUCUACGACUAA